AUGGAAGCCGAGGGAGCGGUCGGGCUCUCGGAGGCCAGGGACGGGAGUCCUCUAUCCGGGGCCGCAUCAUCUGAUGAUGCUGACACGGUCGUCGGGGUUAGCUUCGGAAUGGACGCCGGAGACAUGGAUGCUGCAGCAAGGAAAGCCUUCAUCACAGAGAUGCCAUCCUCUUCAGGGCUUCCUGGUCAGGGGAAGAAAAUUGGCCACAGAGGUGUCGAUGCCUCUGGAGAAACUACGUACAAAAAGACCACAUCCUCAGCCCUAAAAGGAGCCAUCCAACUUGGCAUCGGCUACACGGUGGGCAACUUGAGCUCUAAACCAGAGAGAGAUGUGUUGAUGCAGGACUUCUAUGUUGUGGAGAGCAUCUUUUUUCCCAGUGAAGGGAGCAACCUCACCCCAGCACAUCACUUCCCAGAUUUCCGCUUCAAAACGUACGCUCCUGUGGCUUUCCGCUACUUCCGAGAGCUGUUUGGAAUAAGGCCGGAUGACUACUUGUAUUCGCUAUGUAACGAACCACUGAUCGAGCUGUCCAAUCCCGGCGCGAGCGGCUCCGUCUUCUAUCUUACCAAGGACGACGAGUUCAUCAUCAAAACGGUCAUGCACAAGGAGGCCGAGUUCUUACAGAAGCUGCUGCCGGGCUACUACAUGAACUUGAAUCAGAACCCUCGCACUCUGCUGCCCAAGUUCUUUGGGCUCUACUGCGUCCAGUCCGGAGGCAAGAACAUCCGCGUGGUGGUGAUGAACAACGUGUUGCCCCGUGUUGUGCGCAUGCACCUCAAGUACGACCUGAAGGGCUCCACAUACAAGAGGCGAGCGUCCAAGAAGGAACGCGAGAAGGCCCGGCCCACGUUCAAGGACCUGGACUUCAUGCAGGACCUGCAGGACGGACUCAUGCUGGAUCAAGACACGUUCAACGCGCUGGUGAAAACGCUGCAGAGAGACUGCCUGGUGCUAGAAAGCUUCAAGAUCAUGGACUACAGCCUCCUGCUGGGUGUUCACAACAUGGACCAGGCAGAGAGGGAGCGGCAGAUGGAAGGCUCCCAAGGCGGCAGUGACGAGAAAAGGCCUCUGGCCCAGCAGAAGGCCCUCUAUUCCACCGCCAUGGAGUCCAUCCAGGGUGGCGCCGCCUGCGGGGGGUCCAUCGACACCGAAGACACGAUGGGCGGCAUUCCUGCCGUCAACGGGAAAGGAGAACGACUUUUGUUGUACAUUGGCAUCAUUGAUAUCUUACAGUCGUACAGGUUAAUCAAGAAACUGGAGCACACGUGGAAGGCUUUAGUGCACGAUGGGGACACCGUCUCGGUCCACCGGCCCGGAUUCUACGCCGACAGGUUCUUCAAGUUCAUGAGCAGCACCGUUUUUAGGAAGAGCUCCUCUUUGAAAUCGUCUCCAUCCAAGAAGGGCCGCGUGUCGCUGACUGUACCAAAGUGUGGCGGUCCCGGCCCCGCCUGGUCUGCCAGCCAGCUCGCCUCCGAGAGAGACGAGAACAUCUACGAUCUCAGAGGCGCUCGCAGUUUCCCGACGCUGGAAGAUGAAGGCCGCGCCGAUCUGCCAUGCACGCCACCGUCGUUUGAGGAAGCCACCACGGCAUCCAUCGCCACCACACUGUCCUCCACGACUUCUCUGUCCAUCCCCGAACGAUCUCCCUGCGACACCACUGAGCACCCGCGCUACAGGAGGCACACCCAGUCUCUCAGCCAUGAUGGAAGGACCCAGGAGGAACUGCGUGUACGUGAGGAGGACCAGCAGACCAUCACAGUGGAGGUGGAGUUAAAGAGACACGACAGUGAGCCAACCAUCACAAUUCCCCAGCCAUUGCUUGAACCCAGUGAGGCUCAGGAAGCUGCUGCUGCACCUUGCACCUCCUCUUCAGCACCCGAAGCCGCUGCCUCGCCCGCCGCUGUCGCUUCAGCUGCUGUCGUUUCCGCUGAUGGCGAGGCAACGGCAGCCGCUCCGUGCAGCCCCAAACUGGUGGUGGUCACGCCGGACACUGCCAGCCACGCGUCGGGCUCAGGAUGCACCAGCCAGGCUUCGGUGGACGAUGAGGAUGACGUGCCAGUCACCGACAUCUACUUUCCUCCAGAGGACAGGACCUGGGUGUACUCUCCGCUACACUAUGGCUCAGAGUCUAAGGCCCUGCCAGAUGGGGACUGGGAAAGAGAGACACAUUCAUUCAGAGGAAACCUGUGGCAUAUGUUUGAGUCGUAUUUGGAGGAGGAGGAAGAUUCAGAACGGGAAAAAGGCAACAGAGACAACAAACACGAGGCUGAUGACUAG